AUGCUCGGGGGAACAGACUUCAUCGAGCAGCACUACGUGACCCUGAAGAAGGCCAAUCCCGACUUCCCCAUCCUGAUCCGCGAGUGCUCCGGUGUCCAGCCCAAGCUCUGGGCUCGGUACGAGUUUGGCAAAGAGAAAAGUGUGCCACUGAACAACCUUACUGUGGACGAAGUGGCCAAGGCCUUAGAGAACAUUGUGAAAAGCAAGGUGUGAAGAUGGACAGUAAACAUGUGCAUGCUGAAGACCUGACUGAUGAUCAUUAAUGUAAAACAUGUAUCUUUUAAUUUAUCAAUCACAUAAAUGCAACAUGCUUACUCUGA